AUAACAAACACAAGCGAUCUCGAGAACAAUCGAAUUUUAAAUAAAUAUUUUUUUUUUUACCAUUUAUUCAAUUUGUUUUAACGUUAUUAUUAUAGAAAAUGGUGUGCAUUUACCGAAACAUCUUAUAAAAUGAAUUAUCUUUUAAAAUUUGUUGUGACUGCGGUAGUUCUUGCUUCACUAUGUUGGAGUUAUGAAUUAAACAAAAGCACAAAAUGUAAUAUACCAUUAGUUGUAAGAGGAUCGUGGUAUUCAUGGGAAAAUGGCCGUAGUACAACAACGGAAAUCGAUGCCACUAGUAUGUCUAAACGAGGCAGGUGCAUUCGUUCUAUGGAAGAAAAUCAUGUUAAUUAUACGUUUGUUUUUCAAAAAAGUGCCGGCGAUUGUUAUACUUGUGUUAAAUUUAUGGUUCGCACCAUUAACGUGCUCGACAAAAUGGAAAGUGUUUGCAUGACUCUGAAUCCCAAUGAAGAUGAAUCUCCAGACAAAAUAUGUCAAUUUCAAGACACUCAAUUGAUAACUCUUUUUUCUGAAAAUUACAUACCUAUUAAUUGCCGUUCCAGUCUUGAAGGAGUUUGGCAAUUUGCAUAUCAAAACCGUUUUCGUUUCACCGGGGAAUGCAACAAUCCAGAAGCUCAAAUUAAGUCCUGUCAAACGGCUGGUACCCAAUUUUUAAUAACCAAUCAAAAAUUUAACAUAACAUACAAGAAAUGCCCUGGAAUGACUGGUACAUUUGAUGGAGUUGUCGAGUACAGCUGUUUAGGCGAUUGGUUCGUAGACAAGAACCAUUUCUUUGCGGUGGCUAACACUAAAGAAUCGAGAAAAGACGAAAAAUACAGAUGUUUUUUGAAAAAUCGAGACGACGAUUUAUACAUUGGUGUAUCAAUAACCGCCGAAUGCAAUACACUUCAAACCGUAGAAAAAAGCCCAGAAAGAUUGCACGUAAAUCCAGUGAAAGCUGAAGUUGUAGAACCCGGUUGUAGACUGCCUCAAAACUUUAGUGGAAACUGGGUGAAUACAGCCAAUAUGGAUGCGGAUGUGUUCAUAAACGAAACGCACAUAAUCGAAACUUGGUAUCCGGACCAGGCUCGGUUUAGACGUACAAUAUAUGUUUGUCGAGAACAAAGAGGAUCUCGAUAUAUGAUGGCCAGACUCACAGUUGACGGAUGUCAAAAAGAUUAUGUUUGCUUUGACGUUGUGCCACGACAUCACAACAUAAUUCGUUAUCGACGUGGGCUCGCUUUCAUCAAGGAUAAUUUUCACACUGUGUGUUCGUGGGUUCAAUUUCCCAACAAAGACAAUUGGAAAUAUGACAUCUUUGUCUCGAGAACUCCUGUACCUGUAAGAUGUCCGGUAGCAGGCAAAUUCAAUUUCACACAAAAAGGUGAUUUCCUUUUUGAAACUCGUAUACUAGGUGGUGUUACGUUGUCGCCGCGACCUCAGAUUGGGUGUAAGGAUAAGAUAUCGGAUUUCUCGGCGUGCGAUGGUGAUCAAAAAGAGAUAACAAUCGACGAAACUUUCUGUCUUGACGUCGACCACCGUGGACAGCCAAAAGAUAUUUACAGCGACCCCGAUUAUAGGCUGCAAUGUAUCGGAUAUUGGAAGGAAAAUCUGAAAUCUUAUUUGAUAACGUACGACCCAUUAGAUGCAGCCAGCAUGUACAGGUGUUGGGUUUAUCAGCGGGCAGAUCUUAAUCGCAUUCUCAUGUCGCAAUCCAUCGGAUCAUAUUGUGAACUCAGACAAGACGCUUUCAGCUUCAACUACACACAGGGAGCCACCGUUGCCGUGGAAAUGACAGAAUACGAACGAGAACGAGAUCAAUGUCCUAUGUAUUUUGACGACGGUACUAAUCCGUGGAUACAAGCCGAAAACUACAUACAAGUAUUUAGAUAUGGAAAAGCAUCAUCGAUUGUAGUGUCGUCUUUCCUGCUUUCAAUUGCUACAUUAUUUACUAUAAUUUUGUAAAAUGUCAUAGCAUUUGUAAUUUUUUGACAUAGGCUUAAAGAAAAAAAAUAACUAAAAACUUUGGUAAACAUUAUUUGACUAUAUCUAUACUUAAAGUUUUCAGUUUCUAUACUUUAACUUUUUUUAAGGCAUUCCUUUUAUUUUUUUUAUUUUUUCAUAUUAUGUUUAAAAUUUAAACUUUAUAUUUAUUUUAUAACUCGACAAUAUAAUUUUCUUACAUCCAAUAUCACCAAGUAUUGUUAAUGCUUAACAUAAAAUAAAAAUCCAUAGAAAUAUGAUAGUUAAGUUUUAACAAUACUUGGCGAAAACGGGUGUAUUUAUAUUUUAUUAAUGAUUAAAUUGAAAGAUAUCAUUAUUUAUAAAACACCAACGAUCGAAUAAGCUUAGUAUAUUAUUAUUAUUAUGAAAAUUGAAAUGCAAAGACUUAAUACAAUUAUUAUUACAUAUUUUUAGUCUAAUUAAUGCCGUCCACUUUAUGAAUAUUUAUACUAGUUUUAAAAUAUGUUUUUAUAAUAGUGUUAAACGUUACUUAUAUGAUAUGAUAAUAUUAGUCGAUACGUUAUUUGAUUUUUGUAAUCUUA